AUGGUGCUGCUGCGGUGCGCCCCCUUCAUGGUCCUGCGGGCUGUCGCCUUCGUGUCGCCUGCCGUUUUGCCUCCACAAUCCUUGUUGCACACCAACAGCAGCUGCCCACAAGGUUUCAAGGCGUGCGGGCACUGCCAAUGCGUGCCGGAGGCAGAUUGCGAUGCUUGUCGAGGCCCCAUGGUGCACGAUGUGCACGCCAGGAACAGCACGAAGGUCAGCAGCAAGAUGGAGGGCUGCCCGCCAGAAAAUGUCGACUGCGGCAACUACACCUGUGUACCCCCUACCAUGUGCGCGGAGAAAGGUCUUCUUGAGGCAGAAAGCACUGCGAGAAGAUCCAAGGUCCCCGGCUGUCCGGAAGACUUCACGGACUGCGGCAUCUGUGCGUGCGUUCCGGGCAACGUCUGCAGCCGCUGUCCCAGAAUCAUCGCCUUUUCCUUCACCGCUGGCACAUCAUCGGCCAUGCCCAACGAGACGUACAACGAGUCCGGCCUGCAGGACACUUGGGAUCCAGCCCUCUCUGCUGAGCCUGCUGAGGAUCGUAUCUGGAGCCAGGAUGGCACGGCAAGGCCAGUGAGCUGGUCGCGGUACACCUCCACCUUCCCAUUCUUGGUGGCACUCAAAGCAAUCAACAGAUGGGGUGGCCGCUAUCACCUCUGUGGGGGGACAUUGAUUCGAGAAACGCAUGUGCUCACAGCUGCACAUUGCUUCCGCAAAAACGGCGGCUGGGACAAGAAUCCCGAGGACAUCGAGGUCUGGUGGGGACAUGGGAACAACGAUUGGAUUAGUUCGAAGGUCGACCUCAUUGUCACGCCAGCACUCUUCAAUGAACAGCAAUCCUGGGAUCAUGAUGUCGCAGUUCUUCGCUUGAGCCGACGCUUUGCGGGUGCUCCGCGCGUGCGCCUGUCACAUCGGUCCUCCUAUGCACUGGGCUCUGGAGCGUUGAUCGCUGGAUGGGGCAUGGUAGAUGAAGCCAUGACUAACAUGCCGAUCGACAAGUUAAAGGAAGCCCAGAAGAACAUUGCCGCUACGUCUCAUUGUCACAGGUUUGACUCGAAAUUCCAAGGGCAGAACAUCAUCUGCACUACGUCCUGGAAGUCAGGUAUCGGAAAAGGCGACAGCGGUGGGCCAAUGCUGCAAAACGGCUAUCAAAUCGGCAUCUGCUCCCAUCAUUUCCGUCGCAGCGGCUUCUCUUACUUUGAUGCCUUCACCCGCGUGUCAAGUUACACUGAUUGGAUCGAUGGUGUACUGCCAGUGGUUCAACUCCUCGUACUCAUGCACGUUGCCCCUUUGCCCGGCAUGGGGCCGAUCGGGAUGUGUGUUAACAGCGAUAGUUCUGGUAAGUUCUGGUGGUUGGGGUUCCUUAAGGUCGAGGCCGCAGACUGGGAUGGGGAUGGUGAUCUUGAUCUUGUCGUCGCGCGUCAGACUGGUCAAGAUAUCGGCAGCUUCCAUCUUUUGGAGCAGGUGGGGGGCACCUUUGAGAUCCAAAAUGGAAGCCGGGACCCUUUUCAGCAGAUCACGCCGCAAACCAACUUCUGGUGGAAGAAGGCCUUUGCUGCUGCAGACUGGGAUCUUGAUGGUGACGUCGACCUUCUUGUGCAGAAGGAUGGUUUCGUGCACUUCCUGGAGAGGCUUGCGGAUGGAAGCUUGGGUCACCCUCAAGCCUUCCUGGAGACCUUCGAUGCCGAAAGCUUGGGCUCCAUGGGUCAAAGGGCCCUGGCGCUCGGCGACUUUGAUCAGGAUGGCGACCUCGAUCUUCUGCUCGAAGGGCCCGACUACGGUAUCAGGUACUUUGAGCACUUGGCUGACGGGAACGUUUCCGAGCGCACGGGCAUGAAGCACUUGUUCCAAGGUGUUCUGCAGCCAGUGGAUUGGAAUGGAGACGGCCUGCUUGACCUCAUCGUCAAGAAUGUAGGCUGGGACCACGGCCCGACUGAAAAUCUCUUGUUCUUUGAGCACACCUUGGAUGGAAGCUUCAUGCAUCGUCAGGGAAAUUUCCCCCACUUCAGCAACCAAUCAUUUACAAGCGCCGACUGGAACGGGGACGGCCUGCAGGAUAUGUUGGUCAGCAACGAGGAUGGCUCAAUCCAGCUUGUCUCCAGCAUGCUCGACUCGAGAUUCUUUGAGAGGACGAAGUCGGAGUCGGUCUUCAGUGCCGUGCGCAUCGAGUGGUCGAAAAUCGAUCCAUCUUUAGUGGACUGGAAUGGAGAUGGUCUCCUCGACUUGGUCUUGACGUCCCCACACAAAGAAUAUGGCACCAGGGUUCUGGAGGGAUCCGCAAGUGGACUUCAUGAAGUGGAGCCACCUCCCCUGGAGCACACCUUCGAAGGCUUGGCCCAUACGAAGCUCCUAGAUGUGAACGGCGAUGGGCGCACCGACGCAGUUGGCUGUGUCGGGGGAGCAGGCGGUUGUGACGUGGGUGUCCGCCCUUUCUCAUUGGUGUACUUUGAGCGAUUGCAGAACGGAUCGCUGCAACAGAAAGCCGGGAAAGCUAAUCCCUUCUGGAAGCUCAACGAGGGUUUUCGUGAAAGUGGUCUUGGAGGGGACGAUUUUGAGCUGGCAGAUUUGGAUUACGAUGGUGACCUGGACCUGGUAGUCUGCACAGAUACCUCCCUUCUCUUCUUCGAGCAGACGUCCAGCGAGUGGCUUGCAAGAGAAGCUCUUCCAGUCAGUCUCAGCGGCUACAAGUGUGCCUUGCGUGCUUUCGACUACAAUGGCGACAUGCGGAUGGAUCUCCUCCUCGGAACUGAUGACCGGCUGUUAGUGUUGGAAGGACUAGGAAGCUUCCGACUGAGGGAACUGCCACAGAGUGAGAAUCCGUUCCGAGACAUCGAACUCAAUUGCUAUUUGUCAAUUGGUUUGGCAGUUGGGGACUGGAAUGGAGAUGGCAUUGCAGACGUUCUUGUUUCGGAGGCCAACCCGGACUGGAAGGGCCUCCGUUUCUUCGAGAAGGGCUUCUGCACCAAGCGCGAGACCUGCAGAUACCAGUUCCUGGAUUGCUCGGGCUGCGCGGCUGAUUUCUACCGGGCCGAGACCAGGAACAUCUAUUCGAGCAAUGUUUGCUCAACACGGGGCAAGUGCCAUGAUGAUGACCUGGCCCGCACCGAAAGUGCACAACACGGCAAUGGGAGCUGCUUGUGCCAGGAGCCUUUCUUUGGCGCAAACUGUGAAUUAGGAGGCUGUCCGGCAGGAUAUGAAUACGUGCAACGCAAGCAUUGGACCUGCGUGGCAUGUCAGAAGGGAUGGUACAAGCAGGCUGUUGGGAACAAUGUUCCUUGCAGUCCCUGCCAAGCAAACCGUUUCAUGCCUGUUUUGGGCGGUGCUUCUUGCCUUCGGUGCGAAGACAUGUGGCUUCGGGUGCAGGUCAACAAGGAGAAGACAGCAUGCACGCGCGCGAUGGUCAAUGUUCUGGCAAUACCGACGGCAUUCAUCUUAGCAGCUGGGUUUUUUGUGAUGCUCCCAUAUGUGAGUGGCCUCCCUUUGGCAGUGCGGGAUGUGCGGCUGGGCCAGGAAGGUGUGAUGGUGACCACGAAAGUGCGGCACUGGAUGCUGAGUGGCAAGCGAAAGAUGCACUUGAGGUUUGAGCAGACUGGCCACCCUCUCUUGGACGGACAAGAAUUUCGAGUUCAGAUUUGGAAUGAUAUUCAGUUCUUGCUUCUGGACGUCAAAGACGAUGUUGCUCUGAGCAAGGACAUCGAGACUUCGAGGGGCACAGGGCAUCUGAAACACCGCGACUCGGUGUUCGGUAGAGGCAUCAUGAUCCCCUUCUCCCUCUGGCAAGUGCUGCUGGUGGCUGGCCUUGUGGGCGUCGUGGCAUUAGCUGAGCUUGAGGAGAUGACAGGCAACUUCCGUCUGACCUUGACAGAAGCAGCCAUGCUUGUCUUGGGUGCCUUGACAGCCGUUCUUGUCCACUGGCGACAGCAGGGGAAGCAGCAGACCGGAAAGCUGGACCUGGACCUGCAGGACUUCGCCAAACGAAUGCAGAAGCUCAACCCGAACCCGAAGGCUUCAGACAGAGGAGCUUCGAGAGCUCUCAGUGCCAGUCAGCUGCUCGACUUCUACCAUUCCUUUCAGGAGCACAUCCUCAACAGAAACAUGUACUACCUCUGCAGCAACAUUGUCCAGCCUCUUACAAAGCCCUGGCAACUAUCUUAUGCUGACGUGGUUGGUCCGAGCAAGAUGCAGUGGUUCGUGUCUCACUACUGGGGGACCCCCUUCGCACAUUUUGUGGAGACCAUACGCAAACAUGCUGAGGGAAGCUUGGGUGCACGGGUGACCGAGUUGCGUUCGGUGACCUACUGGAUUUGCACCUUCAGCAACAACCAGUGGAAAGUACAAGAAGAACUGGGUGAGACGUGGGAGUUCUCAUCCUUCUACCUGGCAUUGCGUAGCGCCGGGUACAAAGGCACCGUCAUGGUUCUAGAUGAGGCGGUGCGACCUUUGACAAGGUCGUGGUGCCUGUUUGAGCUACUGCAGACAGCUACCCUAAGCAGGGAGAAGAAGCUUCAAGGGCUGUUUCUUGGCACGCCCUCUGGAAUCAUGAACCUUGGUCAGUGCAACAUGGACCUUGCUUUCACCAUCAGCCAGAAGCUGUCGAGCCUGAAGCUGCAAGAUGCCAGCGCCAGCUCCCUGGAAGACAAGAAGAUGAUUGAUGACUUGGUUCGGGCUCAACCAGGUGGCUUUGAUCAGGUGAACAAGUUUCUCAUCCAGGCAGUGAGUGAGGCGCUGGAUGCAACGCAGACACGAUUCCAAGCCGACCUGGCUACCUUGCAGAAAGGGCUCUCUGCCUACAUUUGUGCGGAUAAAACGGAACCCGAUUGA